ACGCUGCAACACUCAGACACAAGAUUAAACCUAUCGGACUGCUGCAGCGACUCUGUCACUCUCACUGUCUCUCUGCUCACAUCUGGAUCUCCUCCUUACAGCUCUGAGCCAGUCUGCAUCUCCAGAUUAAUGCACUUUUCUUUCGUUUGAGUUGGAAUAAAAGUUACUGAUCUGAGGCUGCUGUGAUGAGAUCCUCUGUUCUAGGAUCAGUUUGUGCCCUCCUCUUGCUGCUACGGGAGCCUGCGUGUCAGGGUGAUGAGGUUACCUCCAGCACAGUGAACCCUUGCUGUUACUUUCCCUGUCAGCACUGGGGUGUGUGUGUAAGAUAUGGUGAGGACAAGUACGAGUGUGACUGCACUCGCACCGGCUACUAUGGAGAAAACUGCACUAUCCCUGAGCUUUUGACCAGAGUGCGUCAGUUCUUGAGGCCUAGUCCAGAUACGAUGCAUUACAUCCUCACUCAUUUCCACUGGCUCUGGGACAUCAUCAACCACACCUUCCUACGGGAGGGUCUCAUGAAGCUGGUUCUAACAGUUAGGUCCAACUUAAUACCCAGUCCUCCGACCUACAACUCGAAAUAUGGCUACAUCAGCUGGGAAUCCUACUAUAACCUGAGCUACUACACUUGGCUUCUGCCUCCGGUGCCAAAGGACUGCCCUACACCUCUGGGGGUCAAAGGCAAGGCUGGGCUGCCUGACCCUGAGCUGCUGGUUGAGAGGCUACUGAAGAGAAGGACAUUCAGACCUGACCCGCAGGGCAGCAACCUGAUGUUUGCUUUCUUUGCACAGCACUUCACGCACCAGUUCUUUAAGACCUAUAAUCGCAUGGGUCUGGGCUACACUAAGGCUCUAUCACAUGGGGUGGAUGCAGGCCACAUUUAUGGAGACAACCUGGAACGUCAGCUCCACCUCAGGCUUCACAAAGACGGAAAACUCAAGUAUCAGUUAAUUGAUGGAGAGAUGUACCCUCCCUCUGUGGCCGAUGUACCCAUUAGGAUGAGUUACCCCCCUGGGGUUCCACCUGAGGUUCAGAUGGCGAUUGGUCAGGAGGUGUUUGGACUCCUCCCUGGUUUGGGAAUGUAUGCCACGCUGUGGUUGAGAGAGCAUAACCGAGUCUGUGACAUCCUGAAGGCAGAACAUCCCACUUGGGAUGAUGAACAGCUUUUCCAGACCACACGCCUCAUCAUCAUUGGUGAGACAAUAAAAAUCGUGAUAGAGGAGUACGUGCAGCACCUCAGUGGAUACCUGCUCCAGCUGAAGUUUGAUCCCACCCUGCUGUUUAACACUCACUUCCAGUUUGGGAACCGCAUUGCUCUGGAGUUCAGCCAGCUCUACCACUGGCACCCCUUGAUGCCUGACAGCUUCUUUAUCGAUGGAGAUGAACUCUCCUACGCUCAGUUCAUGUUCAACACUUCUGUUCUCACAAACUACGGCAUUGAGAAGCUGGUGGAUGCCUUCUCUCGGCAAGCUGCUGGCCAGAUUGGCGGGGGCCAUAACAUCAAUGUUAUGAUUACAAACGUAGCUGUGCGCACAAUACAAGAGUCCCGUGAACUCCGCAUGCAGCCCUUCAACGAGUACAGGAAGCGUUUUAAUCUUAAGCCGUACACAUCAUUCAAGCAAUUUACUGACAACAAGGAGAUAGCCAGUGCACUUGAAGAGUUCUACGGUGACAUUGAUGCUCUUGAAUUUUAUCCUGCUUUGUUGCUGGAGAAAACACGAUCAGGAGCCAUAUUUGGAGAGAGCAUGGUGGAAAUGGGCUCCCCCUUCUCUCUUAAAGGCCUUCUGGGAAACCCUAUAUGUUCUCCAGAUUACUGGAAGCCCAGCACCUUUGGGGGCAAAGUUGGCUUUGACCUAGUGAACUCUGCCACACUGAAGAAGCUGGUCUGCCUGAACACCAGAACGUGUCCUUAUGUGGCAUUCAGAGUACCCACAGAGGCGCAAUCACAGACAGGGAAAGAUGACAGUAAAGUAAAGACUGAUGAACUAUCAAUUGCCAUGACGACUCUGGAUGACAAGAUAUUGGGAGAGAAGCUGCAGUACUACUACAGCAGCAGUGAGGAUGAGGGCAGCGACAAUGAGGACGAGGAUGGGGAGAACAAGACCAUCCGGGACGCUAACGUCAGUGAGCCAGAGAUAGACUACAGCGCCGAUGGAAGUGCUGUCAACACAGGACCAAAGGGUGUGAUCAAUGACUGGAGGAAAUACAAGCAGCUGGAGGUGGAGCAGAAACAAGAGCAGAAGAAAGAGAUGGAAAGACUGAUCAAGAAGCUGUCAAUGACCUGCCGCUCUGACCUUGACCUGGAAAAAGACAAAGAGAAACAGAAGGAGCUGAAGGACAAAAUCAAAGGCAAAAUGACCAUGCAGGAGUACAACAUGCUCCAGGAAGAGGAGGAUGAUGAAGACUUCCUCCAGCAUUACCGCAUGCAGCGCAUUGAAGAGAUGCAGCGCCAGCUCUGCCGUGGUAAACGCUUUGAGCAGGUCUACGAGCUUAACAGUGGAGAGGACUUCCUGGAGGCUUUGGACAAGGCAGACAAAAGCACGCUGGUCAUGAUCCACAUCUACGAGCCGGAUGUCCCGGGCUGUGAAGCCAUGAGUGGCAGCCUGCUGUGUCUGGCUCAGGAAUACCCGCUGGUCAAGUUCUGUAGUGUACGCAGCUCGGCCAUCAGCACCAGCGCACUGUUCAGGGAGAGCGCUCUGCCUGCUCUGCUCGUUUACAAAGGUGGAGACCUGAUCGGCAACUUUGUGCGGCUCACAGACCAGCUUGGGGAAGACUUCUUUGCUGUAGACCUGGAGGCUCUGCUGCAGGAGUAUGGAUUGCUGCCUGACAAGCCCCCCAUCAUCCCGAAGACAGCUCGCAAUGGAGCCAUCAUACAGAACGCUGUGAGUGAUGAGGAUUCUGACCUUGACAUAGACUAGAGCCAUUAUAUGUUACAGAUUAUGUGCUUGGAAAAUAUGCAUACACAGCAUGCAUGGACUAUAGAUCAUUUAUAUGUAUGUAGACCCCUGUAUUGCAAUUUUACACAGCAACACACAAACCAGCACUGAAGCAAAACCAAAAGUAAAUGCAUAAAAAUACACAGGCAUUGUGGUGCAGUGGCCAUUCAUCAUUCCGUGGUGAGUUAUACUUAGUGAGAGAGAGAGACCAGCCAUUAUCAUUAUCGAGGACCUGCUGCAUUGCACCAUGAGAAUGUGUAGGUGUUAGGUUAAAUGUUUUCUUUGUGCUGUGACUGUCAACUAUUUAUUGUGUUAAAACCAAUUUGCCUGUUUUGUUUCAUUCUGUUUAAUUGUGUCACUGUUUAGAAUACAAAACUUUCAGCCCAAACUGACUUUUAGUUCAUUUUAUAACUUUUCUAUGUGCUGUAUAUGUGGAAACAUGUAACUAAAGUGUUUGGCUCUC